AUGCUAUCAAAUGACUAUGGAAGUGAAGCUCUUGCUAUUUGCAUGCGUAGGUGGAAUCAGUUCAUUAAUAUUCACCUGAAUUCUCAAGCAUCUCCCCCUGUCCACUCCUUCACUCCUCAGCUGAAAUCCGGAAGCAAAAAGCUUACUGAGAAAUAUACCGAACUCAAGACAUCUGAAAAGUUCGAGUCCUUUAUCAAAAAAAAGAGAAGGAAGAAUGCUGCAAAGGACCACAGAUUUAUGCCAUGUCGACGUCCCAGCAACAAUGAGUAA